CAAAAUGAGUACUGAGUUCGAUUUUAGGACCAUCAUUUCAAGUCAGACAUCCAUCAUGGGUGACCUUCAGCAACUUCUUAGCCAAGGAGAAUAUGCUCCUUUUACGUCUGCUCCCAUGUUUGAAAGCAAGUUCGUUCAGGUUAACAGAAGAGGGGAGACAAUGAAUAUCCACAAGCAGCCCACCUGUGUCACCAUCGGCAUCUGUGCUACCAAUCCCAGUUCACCGAUGCCCAAUGGGAUGCUGCUAGCACACACAGUGCCUGUAUCCCCACAGGAAAUUAUGACAAAUUUCCAGAAAUUCUCAGAGCGGUCAUCCCAAUUGGAACAGUUAGCACUUAGCAGGUUCUUGCCCUUGAAGUUUGUGGAACUCUCUGUCCACAGCACAGACAAGCACCAACUCAUGUUAAAAUUAGUAAAUGGACGUUCCUACUAUCUAGAGCUCUGUGCCCCACCAGACCAGCAACACCACCUAUUCCAGCACUGGUUGCAGCUCAUCUCUCUCCUGAAACCUCCAAAAAAUCCUAGCAAUACCAACAUUAACAUAAGAUGCAAGGAUUCUCGCACAAGUCAUGAGAAAGCUUCCAGCCCAAACAAUGCAUCAGAAAAUAGGGCCAUCCCACAAGAUUUGCCUAACCCCAAAACAGAGGAAGAAGUUGUUCCCAAACAAACCACCUCCAACCAAGUUCCCCUCUCAGGUAGUGUGGGUCCCACAGAAAAGAGUGGAAGGGAAGGGGUAGCAGCCUUUGCCAGCCCCCUGGAAGCAACCAGGCAAGAAACCACCAUGCAGUCAAAGAAUAUAGACCCUCUGGAUACAAUAAAGAGUAAAAGCAAAGAGAAGAGGAAAAGAAAUAGAAAGAGUGGCAUUAUGUCAAGUGUUGGCUGCUUCAAGUAA